ACUGAUGAACAACGCGGUUUUUUCGGCAAAAUUAUGGAGAACGUGCGCGAUCACGUAGACGUGAGGCUCGUGACGCGUUGGGACGGAAGAUAUGGCGCGGAGGCGCUGAUCGCGAAACCGAACUUCCACAGCAGGAGCGUCUUCGACGAGAAUCUCAUGGCCGAAAACUCGUUGCGCAAACUCGAAGUUAAGUUUAAUCCUACAUAUUACCGAUAUGGCCCAGGCGUACUUGCUCAACGCAUCGAUGACGGUGAGUAUGUAGUGAUGAUCUCUGUUGAAACUCGAGUACGGACGCAUCUCGACGAUAUCAGCCUAUCACAGAUCGUCGUAUCCCCGAAUUACGACACGUCUUCGCGGAAAAUUUCUCCUCGCCGGAGCAUGCAAUUCCUCAAUGAGUCGUCGCCUCUCGGAGCUAACAUUUUUUUCACAUACGAGUGGAGCGAUGAUGUUAAUGUACUUGUAUCCCUUGUUGUCCAUAAUGGGAUUAUAGGCGCUGUGACAACGACUAUGCAUUCGUUGUUAACAGUAUACUUUCAUACGUUUGUUUGUCAUCUUCGGUGA